GUCAGAAUUAGGAUUUCCCCCCUUGUUAAAACAUGCACGGCAUCCGCAAGUCGGACGUGGCCAAGUCGCCUGAAGAAGAAGCCAAGAUCGAGGAGCAUGUCCGCAAGUACAAGGAAGUGUCGUCGCAGGUAAUGGCGCUCAAGAAGGCGCAGCAGUUUGAUGAUCAUGCGCUACGGCUGUCUGCGGUGGUGGUGGUGUUGAAUCCCGAGUUUUGGAUCGUGUGGGCAUUCCGCCGCGACGUGCUUCGCCAUCUCUUGGAAGCGGACGGUAGUCGCAAGAGCGAGUUGGGGGAAGCCGAGUGCAAGUUGACGAUGGAAGCGUUGAUGAAGAACCCCAAGAGCUACUCAGCGUGGUUCCAGCGGCAGUGGAUCAUAGACAACGGUAUGGCCGACAUCUCCAAGGAGGUGCGACUGUGCGAUGCCCUGCUGGACAAAGACGAACGAAACUUCCAUUGCUGGAACUACCGUCGGUACUUGUCCAAGCUGGCGGGCACCCACGACGACCUGCUUGAGUUAUGCGACCGAAAGAUCAACCAAAACUUCUCCAACUAUUCGGCGUUGCAUCAGCGCACGUUGUCACUGCCGACGCCGCUUCCACUGGCCGUCCUGCUCAAUGAAGUCGAAGUCGUCAAGCAAGCCGUGUUCACAGAGCCGUACGACCAAAGCAACUGGUUCUACUACCGAUGGCUGCUACAGGCGAUGCCGCGCGGCGAGUCCAGCGCGUGGCUCAAUGAAAUCGCUUGGAUCGAGGAGCUCCUUCAAGAAGAACCCAACGCCAAGUUGGCAUGGGUGACGCUCGCGUUUGUGUUGGAGUCCAGUAACGAUGCCGACUCUGCCGCCGCCCGGACUGCGCGAUGCCGACACAUUUACACGACCUUGAUCGACAUGGACAUUGACCACAAGCACUACUACACCGAUCAAUUGCGUCGAUUGGUGGAGUAACUAACCUCGUACUACAGUACUACUACAUACUACGUAGUAGUACGUACUAGAGUUCUCAUAGUUUUGGAAACAAGGAAUUCGAGCUUACAGUUCGUAUUGCGGAUUUUUAGAUCGAAUCUCGCCGCCGAAUCAUGAAUAUUGACGCUAUUGGCUAAUCCAUUUUUUUGCUUGGAUUUGAUUGGCUCGUACGGUAAGGUCAAAUAUAUUCAACCAAUCAGAACUCCAGCGUGAU